CUGAUUGUAGAGUUAGUUCAGUAAGUUUUCACCUGACAAUUGAACAUGUGGACACGCAGCUUUGACGCAUUAAAAGAUCCUGAAAUUUGAGAAAACUACUUCAGAUUAAUAGAAAUUCCCAAUGAGCACAAUUAAGUGUGUGAAAGACUAAUUUAAGGUGGUAAGUGUACCAAUCGCAGAUCAAAUCCCCACAGCCUCUUGACACCAGCAACAAAGGGAACCAGAUUACCAAAUAAAAGAGAGAGAAUGGAGAUCCCCCCUUAAGCUGUAGAAAAGAAGAUCAGAUAUCUCGAGAUCAGAGAGAGGACAAAGAGGGGACAGACAGUGCACUCUGAAAUGUGUCACAGAGAUCUAGAUUUAUAGGAAAUACCAGUAAAAUGAUUUAUAAGGUAUAUAAAACACAUCAUCAAUAUUCAAGCAGAUCGUCCUGCACUGUACUGCGCUUUAACAAGCCUUCUCCCUGUCUGUUUAUAUUUUUUGUUGUGAAUGGCCGACCUAUCAGAAGGCUUAUCCACGCCAGCAUGCAGCUUUUCCCGGCUAACGUCAAUGAAGGAUGUGUCUCGUCUGCUGCUGACCCGUGGAUAAUACCUGUCAUGUAUCAUGAACUUACUAUGGACCAAUUUAUCAAGUUCUUCAUAGCCUUCGAAAAUACAUACGGUAUUAGAACAUUUGUCUCCGUUGCUCCACAAGGUUUGAUCCUAUUUUUCUUCAAAAGAAUAUCUAGUUUCAUUCAAAAACGCGUCUUGAAUUUCAAGACCAUUGAUUGUGAGAACACACUGCUCAGGGUUAUUAUGACUUACUGCAGCUGUAGAAAACGUCUUCAAACUGUUGUAUAAUAAAUAUUGCCGGUAAGCUGAAUGGCUAGGUCAUAUAUUAUUACUUGUAAAAGAUCAAUUCGGGUACAUGUUCAUAAGUUCA